AUGACCUGUACUCGAACUUUGAAACAAAAAAUUGUUAUUCAUCCAGGCAGAGUAAGAAGGCCUCACCUAAAAAUUCAACAACGAUAUUACAAUAAAGCUAAACUUUUGAAUAACUCUCAAGACCCUGCACUUAGUAGUAACCUUAAGAAUAGUAGUGUUUUAAUUAAUAAUAACUUUGAAUAUAGUACUGAAAAUGACAGCUUUGAUGAUGACGUUGGAAAUAGUAGCGAUGACUUUGAAAAUAGUAGCAAUGACUUUGGAAAUAUAGAUGGGCCUGCAUCUUUUGAACUAUUUAAUGGUGAAUAUGGUCCAUAUUUUGCCAAUUUUACUGAACAGAAGUUAUUCCUAUAG